UCUCCUUUACCGAACCCAAAUCUGAGGGUUCUGGUUGUAACCGUGGAGCCCAGAGUGUACAGCAGGCUCCAGAGAUGGCGUCAGUGAAGCUGGAAGACUGCAGUCAAACACUGGAGCUGAAUGUCAACGUUAAAGAUGAAGUAAAGGAGGAAGAGAUUGAAACAUUUGUGUAUCAUGAGCCGCUCAAUAGAAGAGACGGAAGAACAGAAAGUCUUACUACUCAAAGGAAAAAGAAAACAGAAAGGAAUGGAGGAAACUGAAAAAAAGAGGCACAGAUUCACCCCUGGAGAUGAGGAUCGUAUUAUUUCGGGGGUUCUUGGGCACUGGGAGGACCUCUUCGGCGCCCAGGCCCACAUUCGCCCCCGGGGGUCAAAGACUGCAACCUGGAACAGCAUCGCGGGUACCUUGACCUCGGCUGUGGCGAGAUGUGGCGACGAUGUCCGGAAGAAGUACAAUCUCAUCAGGAACCAAAUCAAGCAGAAGGUUUCAUCUCUCCGGGCAUUGUCCAGCCAGACUGGUGGGGGGCCCAACACUGUGCUGGAGCUGACCCACCUGGAGCAGCAACUGCUCUCCCGAAUGGCAGAGACCGUAACAGGUGUAGGGCCUGCUGAUCUGGGAAUUGGUCCCUCUCAGGGAGACAUCUCCAGCUCUGGCCCCCCACCAGCAGCAGAAGAGAGCACUGUGGAGUCCGCUUUACCCUCUAAUGUCACCAUGGAGGAGGUACCCUCCACCUCACCAUCAACACCUUGGCCAGCGCCAACAGUGCCACCCCAUCCCAUCACCUCCCGUCCUGCACCAUCUCACUCCAUCCACUCUGGCUCUGCUCCCCAACCCAUCACCUCCCGUCCUGCACCAUCUCACUCCAUCCACUCUGGCUCUGCUCCCCAAUCCAUCACCUCCCGUCCUGCACCAUCUCACCCCAUCCACUCUGGCUCUGCUCCCCAAUCCAUCACCUCCUGUCCUGCACCAUCUCACCCCAUCCACUCUGGCUCUCCACCCCAACCCAUCACGUCUGGCUGGACACCACAGGGCCCCCAAGCCAAACUGCUCCAACACAUCCUGGACACACAAACACAACAAAUCCAUGUUACACAGACCUCCCAACACAUCAACCAAGCUCUUUAUGAUUUAUUAGAAAAAGCACAUGAAACACAGAAGGCACACCUGGAUGUGGAGAAGAACCGGCUCCAGCUGGAUAGGGAGCGCUUGAGGGUGGAGACAGAGCGCCUGCAGGUGGAGAGGGAGCGCCUCCAGCUGGAGAAGGAUCGCCUGGGGGAAGUGGAGGACCGGGAGGUGCGUCGGCAGCGCUCUGUCUCCAGGUCAGUCGCCCUAGAACACCAGACGCCUGUGAGUUCAAGAACUGCCAGUGCCUCCCCCACCCUUCCUCUGGGAACACCAUCAGCCUCCAUGUGCAGUCCCCUCGCAUUAAUAUCACCCACUGCACCACACUUUUAUUUCUUAUUUGCCCCAUUCCCAUUACCGGUAAUCCCAACCCAUUCCACCCAGCCAUCACAAACCAGCCCUGCCUACACCUCCCUUACCGUAACCAGCCCUGCACCAACCUCCCCUACCUUAACCAUUUCUGCCCCAACCUUCCCUACCUUAACCAGCCCUGCACCAACCUCCCCUACCUUAACCAGCCCUGCCCCAACCUUCCCUACCUUAACCAUUUCUGCCCCAACCUUCCCUACCUUAACCAGCCCUGCACCAACCUCCCCUACCUUAACCAGCCCUGCACCAACCUCCCCUACCUUAACCAGCCCUGCCCCAACCUUCCCUACCUUAACCAGCCCUGCCCCAACCUCCCCAACCUUAACCAGCCCUGCCCCAACCUUAACCAGCCCUGCCCCAACCUCCCCUACCUCAACCAUUUCUGCACCAACCUCCCUUACCUUAACCAUUUCUGCACCAACCUCCCCUACCUCAACCAUUUCUGCACCAACCUCCCCAACCUCAACCAUUUCUGCCCGCUCUCUCAUCCCUCCAACCUCCGGAUCUGUUAAACGGCGAGUCCAGGAGACAGUCAGGCCUUGGCCUGCACCCACUGCUAAGAAUAAAAAACUUAAAUAA